CGCCCGGGACGGGCCGGCCGCACCAUGGGCUUCGAGCUGGACCGCUUCGAGGGCGACGUGGACCCGGACCUCAAGUGCGCGCUGUGCCACAAGGUGCUGGAGGACCCGCUGACCACGCCGUGCGGCCACGUCUUCUGCGCCGGCUGCGUGCUGCCCUGGGUGGUGCAGGAGGGCUGCUGCCCCGCGCGCUGCCGCGGCCGCCUGUCGGCCAAGGAGCUCAACCACGUCCUGCCGCUCAAGCGCCUCAUCCUCAAGCUGGACAUCAAGUGCGCGCACGCGGCGCGCGGCUGCGGCCGGGUGGUCAAGCUGCAGCAGCUGCCCGCGCACCUGGAGCGCUGCGGCUUCGCGCCCGCGCGCUGCCCCCACGCCGGCUGCGGGCAGGCGCUGCUGCGGCGCGACCUGGAGGCGCACGUGCGGGACAACUGCGACGCGCGGCCCGCGGGCCGCUGCCCGGACGGCUGCGGGCUGCCCCUGACGCUCGGCGAGCGGCGCGCGGGCGGCCACUGCUGCGCGCGGGCCCUGCGGGCGCACAACGCCGCGCUGCAGGCCCGCCUGGCCGCGCUGCACAGGGCGUGCAAGAAGGAGGCGCUGCGCGCGGGCAAGCGCGAGAAGUCGCUGGUGGCGCAGCUGGCCGCCGCGCAGCUGGAGCUGCAGAUGACCGCGCUGCGCUACCAGAAGAAGUUCACGGAGUACAGCGCGCGCCUGGACUCGCUCAGCCGCUGCGUGGCCGCGCCCCCCGCAGGCAAGGGCGAGGACGCCCGGAGCCUGACGCUGGUGCUGCACCGCGACGCCGGUGCCCUGGGCUUCAACAUCAUCGGUGGCCGGCCCUGCGUGGACAACCAAGAUGGACCGUCCAGUGAAGGCAUUUUCGUUUCCCGCGUAGCCGACGGCGGGCCGGCGGCCAAGGAUGGGGGCCUGCAGAUCCACGACCGCAUCGUGGAGGUCAACGGCAGAGACCUGUCCCGCGCCACCCACGAGCAGGCAGUGGAGGCCUUCCGCACGGCCCAGGAGCCCAUCGUGGUGCAGGUGCUGCGCAGGGGCCCCCGGCCCAGGCCCUUCCCGGCCGCCGCCGAACCACUGGUGGACGCCGCCACCCAGACCGACAUCACCUUCCAGCACAUCCUGGCGCUCAGCAAGGUGCCCACCCCGCCACCCAGCCUGGGCGCCUUCCUGCUGCCCGAGGAGCCGCCCGUCCACGAGUUCUACGACGCCGGUGACUACCUGGGCGGCCUCCCCCAGGACAUGGACCGGGAAGAGCUAGAGCUGGAGGAGGUGGACCUCUGCAGGAGGAGCAGCCGCGACAAGCUGGGGCUCACCGUGUGCUACCGCACAGACGAGGAGGAGGACCUGGGCAUCUACGUGAGCGAGAUUGACCCCAACAGCAUUGCAGCCAAGGAUGGGCGCAUCCAGGAAGGGGACCGCAUCAUCCAGAUCAAUGGGAUAGAGGUGCGGAACCGUGAGGAGGCCGUGGCUCUGCUCUCAAGUGAGGAGAACAAGAACGUCUCCCUGCUGAUCGCAAGGCCGGAGCUCCAGCUGGACGAAAGCUGGAUGGAUGAUGACCGGAACGACUUCCUGGAUGCCCUGCACAUGGACAUGCUGGAGCAGCAGCACCGCGAGGCCAUGCGCUGCACGGCGGGUGGGUGCCAGCAGAAGAAGCAGGAGGAGGACGGGGGCACCACAGACACGGCCACCGUCCUGUCCGCCCAGCUGGAGAAGGACAGCGGCGUGGGGCGCACGGACGAGAGCACGCGCAACGACGAGAGCUCGGAGCCCGAGAACCACGGCGAGGACGCGCCGGCCGCCGCGCGGCUCACGGGCAGCCCGGACGCGCUGGGCAGCGGCGACCUGCCCUGCAGCAACGAGUCCUUCGUCUCCGCGGACUGCGCGGACCCCGACGACCUGGGCAUCGCGGCCGAGGAGUGCGAGCGCUUCCGCGCGCUCUUGGAGCUGCGGACGCCGCUCGGGCCCUGCGGCCCCUCCCGCCCCGGCAGCCCCCCCGACGCCGGGAAGAGCGACCCCGAGAGCGUGGACCGCGAGCUGGAGCUGCUCAACGCCGAGCUGCGCAGCAUCGAGCUGGAGUGCCUGAGCAUCGUGCGCGCGCACCGGGCGCAGGGCCGCGACGCCUGGGGCUGCCCCCCGGCCGCCCCGCGCCUGCAACCCGGCGCCGAGGCGCGCCGGCCCGCGCUGGCCGACAUCACCGAGCUGCCCGAGAGGUCGGACAAGGACAGCUCGAGCGCCUACAACACGGGCGAGAGCUGCCGCAGCACCCCGCUGGCCCUGGAGACCUCCCCCGACGGCUCCCUGCGCAGGGCCGCGGCGCCCGCCGACCCCGACGCGCCGGGCCCGCAGGCGCUGCUCGCCAUCACCGAGGACCCCGAGUCGGGGGCCGCGGGCUACAGCCCGUCGCCCACGGAGCUGGACCCCAGCCCGCCCGAGGGCCCGGAGCGGCCCCUCAGCGGCGGCAGCGCGAGCCCCCCGCCCGGCCCGCGGCCCGCCGGGCCCGCCGCGCGCUCGCCCUACAAGCUCGCGCACAUCCCGGCGCACGCGCGGCACUACCGGAGCUACAUGCAGCUCAUCCAGCAGAAGUCGGCCGUGGAGUUCGCGCACAGCCAGCUGAGCCUGGCCGGCGCCUGCAAGGACCUGGCCGCGGCCGAGCCCCGCGCCGAGUGGAAGGUGAAGGUGCGCAGCGACGGCUCGCGCUACAUCACCAAGCGGCCGGUGCGCGACCGCCUGCUGCGGGAGCGCGCGCUGCGCAUCCGGGAGGAGCGGGGCGGCGUGACCACCGACGACGACGCGGCCAGCGAGCUGAAGAUGGGCCGCUACUGGACCCGCGAGGAGCGCCGGCAGCACGCGCUGCGCGCCCGGGAGCAGCGGCGCCGGCGCGAGGGCCUGCAGCAGAGCCGGCCGGACGGCGCGCGCGAGCCGGGCGCCGAGGAGCGCCGCGAGCCGAGCAUCCUGGAGCUGAGCCACAAGAAGAUGAUGAAGCGGCGGAACAAGAAGAUCCUCGACAACUGGAUGACGAUCCAGGAGCUCCUGACCCACGGCACCAAGUCGCCCGACGGCGCCCGCGUGUGCAAUUCCUUCCUGUCGGUGACCACGGUAUGACGCUGCCCCGGGCGGCGCCGC